AAGGUAGGGGUCUGAAUUAUUGCCACCCAUGUUUUCUUUUCAAUAUUCCAGCACCCUCCCCUUGGGAGGAUAACGACACUGAAAUGUUUUAUGAGAUUAGAGAACACAUUGGGUGGGAUCUUAGACCAUUCCAACAUACAGAAUCUCUCCAGGUCCUUGAUUUAUUUUGUCUGCGCUUGUAGACUGCCCUGUUCAAUUCAAACCACAGGUUUUCAAUGGAGUUCAAGUCCGAAGACUGAGAUGGCCAUUGAAAAUGUUGAUUUUGUGCCCAAUUAACCAUUUCUUUGUGGAUGUUGAUGUGUCCUGCUGGAAUAUCAACUUGUGGCCAAGUUUCAGCCUCCUAGCAGAGAGGGUACCAGGUUUUGGGGUAAAAUAUCUGGUAGUGGGUAAAAUUGAUUAAUUUAUUUCAUACAAACAUUUCUGCUCAUCUUUAUCAAGGGUAUCAAUAACUAGGUGAUACUUUUGAUAUCUAGUUAUUUGACUGAAUCAGAAAUACAGAUGUGGAGUAGAUGUAGAGUUUGUUUUAAAUUCUCAAAAAACAUCUGACCUAAUCAAACAACACUUGUUGCUCUUUGUACGUGUUGAUAUAAUAUUCUUAUUUAAUGGAGAGGAAAAAACGUUUCCCUAAACUGAUUUAUAAUAUUAUACUUAAAUGAAAAAGAAAAAAAAGUUUUCCCUCCUCAACUGCGUUUACUCCCCCCAGACAGCAGAUGGCGAUAUGUGUCUUUCAGGCGAUGUUUCUAGUGUGACGUUAAAUCUAGUGGACGGAACGCUUCUUCAACAACUGCAGCCACCUCGGUUGCUCGCUAGCCAACAAAGUCGGAACAUUCAAGUUCUUUAGACCAUUUCGUGGUUUAAUUGCCACUAGGAUUUAAACAUACUUAUGUGUAAACAACUAGCUACCCCAUUUAAUUUAAUAUUUACGUUGUAAGUCAACUAGCUGGCUGGUUAAGUUAGCCCUAGUCUAGUCGCUAAUGCUAACUAGCUAUUAUCCCCGACCAUGAGUUCACUAAACUACUCUCCUCCUGCUGAAGAAGAGGUGGUCUGCUGGACGGAGAAAGAAACUCUCGUGAAAGAGGAGGAGGAAGAGGAGGCUGUUACAAUACAAAAACAAGUAGAGGGUGAGGCUGUUACCGUGAAAAAAGAAGAGAAAGACGUUACAGUGAAAGAGGAGGAGGAUGUUACCGUGAAAGAAAAUGAGGAUGAUGCCGUUUUUGGAGUAGAAGAUGAAGAAGUUUUUGGAAUAACGGAUGAAGAGGGGGAGAUUACUGUCACACUUGAGGAUGACGAAGAAGAGCAGACUGGAGAUCUGAUUAACACCAGUAAAUACAGAUUGAGACGGGACUUUCGUGGAUCCUCUGGGGAUCCUCAACAACAUCAUGAUGCUGACGAGGCAGAGAAAAGUCUCUCCAGAUCAGAACUCCUCAAGAAACACCAGCAGAGACCUACAGGGAAAAAAACUCACUGCUGCUCUGACUGUGGGAAAAUAUUCAAUUCUUCAGUAGACCUUAAAAUACAUCAAAGAAUUCACACUGGAGAGAAACCUUUUGGCUGUGAUCACUGUGGGAAGAGUUUUAUUCGUCUACAAACCCUGAAAUCACACCAGAGAAUUCACACUGGAGAGAAACCUUAUGGCUGUGAUCAAUGUGGGAAGAGUUUUACUCAGCUAAAUAGCCUGAUGGUACACCAGCGGGGACAUUCAGGAGAGAAACCGUAUAGCUGUAAUCGAUGUGGGAAGAGUUUUUCUACAUCUAGCUAUCUAACUAUACACCAGAGAACACAUACAGGAGAGAAACCAUAUAGCUGUAAUCAAUGUGGGAAGAGUUUUAUUCGUCUACAAACCCUGAAAUCACACCAGAGAAUACACACUGGAGAGAAACCUUAUAGCUGUGAUCAAUGUGGAAAGAGUUUUACUCACCUUAACAGCCUCAUAGUACACCAGCGGACACACACAGGAGAGAAAUCUUAUAGCUGUGAUCAAUGUGGAAAGAGAUUUUCUACAUCUAGUUAUUUAAAGAUACACCAAAGAACACACACAGGAGAGAAACCACAUAGCUGUAACCAAUGUGGGAAGAGUUUCACUCAGCUAAACAGCAUGAUAGUUCACCAGCGGACACACACAGGAGAGAAAGUUUUUAAAUGUGAUCAAUGUGGGAAGAGUUUUGGUACAUCUGGAUGUCUGAAGACACACCAGAGAACACACACAGGAGAGAAACCUUAUAACUGUAGUCAAUGUGGGAAGAGUUUUGGUACAUCUGGAUGUCUGACAACACACCAGAGAACACACACAGGAGAGAAACCUUAUAACUGUAGUCAAUGUGGGAAGAGUUUUACUACAUCUAGCCAGCUGACUUUACACAAGAGAACACACACUGGAGAGAAACCUUAUAGCUGUGAUCAAUGUGGGAAGAGUUUUUCACGGCCAGACAGCCUGAAUAUACACAAGCGGACACACACAGGAGAGAAACCUUAUAGCUGUAGUAAAUGUGGGAAGGGUUUUACUACAUCUUGCCAGCUUACUUUGCACCAGAGAAGACACACAGGACAGAAUCCUUAUAGCUGUACUCAAUGAGGGAAGAGUUUUACUUUGCUUAACAGCCUGGUGUCACCCCAGAGAACACACACAGGAGAGAAAUCUCUUAGCUGUAAUCAAUGUGGGAAGAGAUAAUCUGAUAAAAGAUCUCUGACUAAACAUCAGAAAAUACAUAAAGGAGUUGUUUCAUGAUAUCAAU